AUGGUCAUGAACCCACUGCUGGCGCUGACGGCACUACACUUGCACGGGCGGACGGGCGAUCCCACGCUCCCCCUCGCCGUGUCGCGGUACCUGGGCCGCUCGCUGGCAGACCACCGCGCGGCGCUGCAGCGCCAUAGUGACAAUGACAAUGACAAUGACAAUGACCACGACAACAAAAAGGACGUCCUGGCCGAGCCCGUGUGGUUGUCGGCCGUGCUGCUCUCCGUCUUGUACUGGCUGCUCGCGCACCAGCGCCGGCCCGGCGAGCCCUACGAGCUGCCGCUGCCGGCGUGGGCCAUGCUGCACGGGGUCACGACACUCUACGUGCGCCGCCGCGCCGUCCUGGGGGCCAUGGGGUACGAGUGGUAUGGUCACCGGUACGCGCCGCUGCGGAUCGAGGAUGACGACGACGACGGCGACGAUGGCCAGGUCUUGUCGGAAAAGUCGCGCUGUCGGCUCGACAUGUUGCAAAAUGACCUCGAGAUCCUGUUUGCGCGGUUUGGAAUUAGUGACGAUGCAGACGAGCAGGACGAGGAGCAGGUGGCCUACCAGGCGGCGCGCAGACAUAUUGUUUCCUACUACCGGGCCUAUUUCGCGGGAAUGGACGAGCGCAACUUGCGGCUCGUCAUUUGCACCAUGCCAGUCAAUGUCCCUCCUGCAUUUCGCCGGCUUCUCGACCGCCAUGAUCCUCUGGCCAUGGCCCUUGUUGCGCGUUUGUUGGUGCUCCUUGUGCCGGUCGAGUCGGUCUGGUGGAUGGAUGGCGAAGGUGAUUAUGAAGUCUUGCAUCGGGAUAUCAAUGGCAUUCGCCAGCUCAUGCCGGACGAACUGCGGUGGUGCAUGGACUGGCCUUGUCGAGUGCUCUCGGGCGAGAUUUUGCUGGACCGUUGA